CCUUCACCCCCGACCAUGGAUAUCAUCAGUGGGAAGAAGCAUGGUGUCAAGAGGCCGCACAUGCGGCUGAAAGUGCAGUGCAAAAGCAAGUGCUUCGACAUCUACGUUGGCCACGGUGACAAAGGAGCAAACGCCGAGAUGCGCGGAUGUUCGCGUGUCUGCAGGUGACCAGCAUGUGCGUUGGCUGGGUCUGGUGACAGCCCUCGAGUAUCAGAAGGCCGUCUACCCGCACCCGCUGCUCCUGCCCAAACGAGUCACCACAAAGGUGAACACACAUACAUGCUUCCCCUUGUUUGUGUGUGUCUCCCCGCAUUUGUGUAUGCAUUGACAGGAUGGGAAGCUUUUGCGUCCCCGGACAGUGCUGAACAGCGUGUUUGCCGACGGCGACACGGUCAUUGUGGAGCUCAGGGACGGCGUGGGCGAUGGCUAUGGCGCCGGCCGCCCGCCGUUGUCGGUGCAGGGUCCGCCGAGCGGGGAUGACGAUGAUGAGGAGGAGGCGGCCCAGUGGAUGGACGACUCGUAUGGCGCCGACAGCCACCUCAUGGAGGCUACCAUCAAGUAUGGAUGGACUGAUGCUUGCUGAUGGGGGGACGUGUGUGUGCGCACGCAGGUGGGAUGUGGAUCAGAGCAACUCCGCCAGCAUCCCUGUCAAAGUGGUCGGCGAGUACACCGUCAGCAACAAGGUGAGACGACAGACGUACAUUUCAUACCAUCUGAGCAGCGUAGUUUGCGUGUGUGGCAUUCGAUGUCAGUGGGAUGACAUCUAUCCGCAGUCAGUGUAUGGUGGCCCCUUCGAGCUGCCCCUCGAGCCGAUAGAGAUCAAUGAAGGCCAGUUCGAAUGGAUCGCUGUGCGGGUGGGCUUAGGGAGACUCACACAUAAGAAUACAGUGCGACAUGGGGAUUGCUUUCUGUGUGCAGAAGUCCGUGCCAGGCUCAUGCACCUUCAAAUUUGUGAUGGAGGUGAAUGGCCGCAGACACCCACAAACAACAUGCGUGUGUGAAUGGAUCCAUGCAUACACACAGGAUGGGAAGGAGUCGCUGUCGGAGAGCUUGCCCAAGACGAGGUCGGCGGCCUACAACACCCUCGAAUUCACAUGGGACUGCCCCAUACACAAAGACCCAACAGGCAGGCUCUCUCUCUCACGCACACACACACUCUGUUUGGGUAUGCAUCCCCCUCUCUCCCUCUUUCGCCGCUCUGUCAGCUGUUUGUGUCCCAGACACAGCAGAGGAAGCCGCAGACGAGGCCCUGGAAGACGGUACAUGACCUCACACCGUGUCCCACAGACGGCCAGCACACAUACACAGCUUUUGAAUGAAUGUAUGUGUCAGUGGUGGAUCCUCUCUUGGAGGUCACGUGGCAGAAUAUGCGGCUGUCGUGGCUGCCGCCCGACAGCCGCGAGUGCCUAUCAGACGUCGUGAGGGAGUUCUUCGCCGUCAUCAGGGGGCUUUUCGACACAUGCACGCUGCUGGUGCGUGCAGAUUCAAAUACUCGCACAAAAGAUACGGAUGCAUUUGCGUGCAUUUUGUGUAUGUGCUGUUCGGCCAGUCGCCUGAGCUGUCCGAUGAGCAGGUGCCGUCCAUGUGUGUGGGCGACCUUGCGCAUCUGCUGAAGCGAGCCCACUUGCUGCCGAUGAAGCUCUCACUCAACCACCUGAUGAUGUUCUACAGAGACACCAGCAGCGCUGGUGAAAGGGGGCAGGUGACCUGAGACGAGACGACGCUCGUGUGUGUGCCCACACAUCCGUGCAGGGUUUGGUGUGUGCGUGUGUCGUGUGUGUGUCUGUAGGAUGCUCUGCCAGAUGUGGGCAGUAGCAGUGCGUCGAUUGUGUUGUCACAGCCGGUCGACCUGCCCCUCUUCAUCGUGAGCUGAGAGGGAGACACACACCACACACGCCGAAUGGAUGCUUAUCAUUGGAUGUGUCUCCAUCUUUCCUCUGUUUCGUCGAUUGGCCAGGAUUUGCUGGUCCGUGUGUCGUGUGUGGUGCCGAUGUCGGUGCCCCUCGCGGAUGAUGCCAAGCCGCAGACUGACGAAAUAUUCUUCCAAUUCUGUGGCAGUGAGUGCGUCUUACUUCUAUGCACAAAGCCCUCUGUUUGUGUGUGUGUGUGUGUGUGUCAGGUUGCCUGGUGCCCGCGUGUGAGGCGAUAUGUGCUGACGCCCUGGAGACGCAGGCAGACCUGCCACACCCAAAUCUUCCUGAGGGCCUCGCAUUCAUCAAGGCAUGCACACGCAGAGACACAUUAGGGACACACUCACACACACGCGCCUGGGUGCUGGUGUGGUUUGGUAUGCAGGAGCAAGCAGGUUCAUUUCGCUCUCUGUUUUCCCUCCUGGCGGAGCCGUGUGACAUCGGCGGCGAUGAGACAGGUCCCUGCACACACACACGCAUUCACAAGGCCGCACACAAAGCCAGUCUGUGAGUGCAUCUGUCUGAUGUUUCCAUCAUCGUCAGUUGCCUUGGUGCGUGUCGCGUCGGUCGAUUCGCUGCUGUCUCGCGGGGCUGAGCUCAUCAACCAGUCGUUCGCCAGACAGAAGACAAAAAACGACGGUCGGCCGACACAGACGCACACAGAGAAGAGGACAGAUGCAUCCUCACGUGUGUGCAGGCACGUCCAGCAGCGAGCAGCCGAGCAGCUCCCGCACAGAACACCAGCAGAAUGCCCAAGCACAGGGCGAACAACAAACACAGCAGCAGCAACAGCAACAGCCACAGCCACAACAGCAGCCGCAGAUCACCGACGGCACCCAACAGCCAGGUACACACACCACCCAUAUACACGCACACAACCAGCCGUGUCUCUCUACCUUCCUGUCUAUCUUUCCCGCCCUACCUGGCUGUAGAGGAGGGCAAACAGCAGCAGCAGCAGCCGCCGCCAGGGAUGGAGGCCAUUGUGCCGCAGCACACGCAGAGCGACGACCUCAGCGUCAACGAGGACAGAUUCAUGACCGAACAAGAGGUAGGUACUGCUGGAGGUCAGGCACUUGACUCACAUGAAUUGGACACACACCUCUGCACGAGUACGUGUGUGUGUCAGUUGUCCGAGUGUCUGUCGUCGGCUGACUUGGACCGCCUCAGGGGCGAACUUGACAACCAAGUCCGAACGGUCAGCACACAGAUACGGCCAGACACACUCAAAGACACGUUCAGCGCCGGUUUUUGCCAUCGUGUGUGCUGCAGCUGGGCCCCGCCGUGCCGUCGUGUUUGUUGUGUUGGGAGUUGGUUCAGCUGUGUGUGCGGCUGGGGUGUGCUCUGCACCCCAUCCAGACGGAGAUCGUCCAGUGGGAGACGCGUGUGGAGCCCCUGCUGCACACACUCAUGACGCUCACCAGACGCAUACAGAUCGCCAACACCACCACCACAGCCGUGGCCAACAUACAGCCCGCAGCAUAGGGCGGGGCAAUGUUGAUGUGUCUGAUGUCUGAUGUAUUUGUUGAUGUGCAUAUUGAUGUGUGGGGGGAACUUUGCUGACAGGG